AUGGACUCAGGCGGUGGUCAAAGCUUUUUAGAGGAGUGUAUUUUGAACCACCGCGACGUGAAUGGCGUCCGGACGAGUUACCUCGUCCGCUGGCGUGGCUAUCCACCGGCGUGGGACAGCUGGAAGCCUCGUGCUCAGCUAAUGCUUGAUGUCCUUGGUCUCGUCGAGCAAUAUGACGAGACUAACUUGCUGCGUUCGAAUCAGGGCCGUCGGAAAAUGACCUCCCCGACCGCGAGUACAGGGAUUGCAAGGUAUCGUUUCCUUCGGCCAUCUCAGAAGAGACGCGCGUAUUCCAGUAGGGAACAUUAG